AUGCCGCCGCUGCUGCUCUUGCUGUGGCUGUUGCUGCUUCCCCACUGCUCUGCCCGCCAGACACGGCAGCCCAAAUGCCCAUUGAACUUGCCAAGGAAUGAAAUAGACCCAGUGAAUUUUUACAGGCCAGGAGACCACCUCAUUAGCGGGGUGGUCACUCUGUCACAUGCGAAUUUUCUGCAUUACCUUUUCCGGCAGCCACCCCUUUCCAGAUAUGAUGUCUCAGUAUCCGAAUCUCACUGGCUGGUUCUGUCCUUCCUGUUUGCCAUUCGGGACGUCAACCGGAACCCCAACCUCUUACCCAACGUCACCCUGGGCUACAGCGUCUACGAGAACUUUGGCAGUGCAAGAAUGACUUACAAUGCCAUGAUAGAUCUGGCAUCCUCUGGGCAGGAGAACAUCCCCAACUAUUCCUGUGGGCCACCGAACACGGUGCUGGCUGUCCUGGAAAAUGCUGCGACCGAAAUCUCCGUCCUGAUAGCGAAUGUGAUGGGCAUCUACAAAAUCCCACAGAUGUACCAUUUUCUGAAAAACUUCUGGCUUUCCAACACUUCCAUAGAGGGAGUGCAUUUGGACGAGGACGGGGACCUCGCAGCUGACCUGGAUAUUGUGAAAUCUGUGACAUUUCCCAAUGACUCCCUUGAUGUCAGGACAAUUGGGAAUAUGAAGAAAACAUCAUCUCAAGGCGUUCUGUUCAAUAUUGACAAGGACAACAGGGUCUGGCCCAGGUGGAUUCACCAGACUGUGCCUCGUUCCAGGUGUAGCAAAAGCUGCCAGCCGGGAUACGCAAAGGUGAUUCAGGAAGGAAGCCCAGUCUGCUGCUAUGAUUGCCAUCCGUGUGCAGAAGGGACCAUCUCCACGCAGGAAGAUGCAGACCACUGCGACAGAUGUCCAGAUGUUCAAUAUGCAAACAUGAACCACGAUCGAUGUGUCCCCAAAGUCAAAACUUUUCUGUCUCUUGAAGAAAAUUUGGGCAUCGUUCUGACUUUCUCUGCCUUCGCCCUCUCUCUAACCACCACUUUUGUGUUUGGCCUCUUCAUUAAACAUCGAGAAACUCCAGUGGUCAAGGCCAACAACCGAGACCUCACCUACGCGAUCCUCCUCUCUCUCCUGCUCUCCUUCCUCUCCUCCUUGAUAUUUAUUGGCCGGCCAACAAAGGUCACCUGCCUUCUCCGACAAACCUCCUUCUUCAGCUGCCAUUCUUCUCAGCUGCCGCUCUUCCGGCGGUUGGCCAAAACGCAUCACUGUGGUGUUGGCAUCUUCAUGGCUCAAUGGCCGGGAAUGGGGUGCGAAAAUGGCUUGGGGAAGGAGGUUGGCCAGCUGUAG